GAUCUGGGUUUUGUUUCUUGUGGUUGCCUUGUUUUAUUUUGGUUCCUGGUUCCAUUUUCGGUUUUAUUUUGGUAGCACUCCCGGUUUCUGUUUCUGUUCCCGCUUUACUUCCUGUUUACCCGUUGUCACAGCUGUUUCCCUGUCAGUACCGGUUUUCAUUACACACACCUGUUUAGUAUCAGUCAUCGAGUCACGUUGUAUUUAACCACCACCUGUGUCCUCAGUUCCCCGCCAGAUCGUCGUUUGUGUUUCCUCGCUCUAGUGUUUGUGUGUUUACCGUUGUUCGCUGUUCCUGUCAGGUCGUGUUUUGUGUACCCCGUUCUCUGCUCUGCACGUUACCGAACUCAUUUGUGUUUCCUCGUCUGGUCCUGACCGGUGCUGUAAGUCUGACCUUUGUUACCGAACCCUGCCUGUUUGUGGAUGUGUCUAAGCCUGCUGAAUCUAACCUGGAGACCUGAGCCUCGUGAUAUUACCCUAUGUAUGACCCGGAUUGUUUUUGUGACCUCGACUCUGGAAUAAAUCCUCUGUUUUUCACCAUCCGCAUCGUGUCCUGGUGCUGUGCAUUUGGGUCCUCUCCCUGCCGUUCCUGACAGAACGAUCUGGCCAAAUUGGGACCCAGCCAGCACUCAGCCGUCGCCCAGGUCAGUGACUGUUUUUGUUUCUUGUCUUUUUGGCGGCGAGUCUCAUUUCACCUGCGGGGAAAUGAAGUUUACAUGCGCCGAGCUACCCAGCGACCUCCGUCGGUAUUUUUCGAUCCUCACGGAGGAUUACCGAAGGGCGCCCAACCCGGAAACCCAGCGCAGCGCCGUAGAGGUGGCGGUGUGGUCCUUGGAGGACGAGGACGGCGUACUAGAAAUCCCCAGUGUCCGCCGCCUCUACGAACAAUUGCGCGCGCGGCUUGAGGAGCUAAGCAGCGCACUCGACACCACACCCGCAUCCACGUCGUCCGCUCGGGCCACGCCAGCCCCGGUUGCACCGCCGAUGGUUUCGGUUUCCUCCGCCCAGCCCCGUCAGACCGUCAUGAUUGCACCAACCUGCCCAGCCCCACGUUUACGCCGCUGGGAGGAUUUCCUGCUCUCGUGCGGCCCCCUGUCUCCGUGGUCCCCUGCUCAGCCGCGCGCUGUUCAGUCUCCAGUCCAGCCGCGCGCUGUUCAGUCUCCAGCCCAGCCGCGCGCUGUUCAGUCCCCAGUCCAGCCGCGCGCUGUUCAGUCUCCAGUCCAGCCGCGCGCUGUUCAGUCUCCAGUCCAGCCGCGCGCUGUUCAGUCUCCAGUCCAGCCGCGCGCUGUUCAGUCUCCAGUCCAGCCGCGCGCUGUUCAGUCUCCAGUCCAGCCGCGCGCUGUUCAGUCUCCAGUCCAGCCGCGCGCUGUUCAGUCUCCAGUCCAGCCGCGCGCUGUUCAAUCUCCAGUCCAGCUGCGCGCUGUUCAGUCUCCAGCCCAGCCGCGCGCUGUUCAGUCUCCAGCCCAGCCGCGCGCUGUUCAGUCUCCAGUCCACGUUCUAGUCCAGUCGAGCCCAGUUCAGGUUUCAGCCCAGUCGAGUCCAGUCCAGUCGAGCCCAGUUCAGUCUCCAGUCCUAGUUCAGUCGCGCACCGUUCAGUCUCCAGGCCUAGUUCAGCCGGGCCCUGUUCAGUCUCCAGUCCACGUUCUAGCCCAAUCGAGCCCAGUCCCAGUCCAGUCGAGCUCAGCUCAGUCCAGGCCUCAGCCCAGUCCCAGUCCAGUCGAGCUUAGCUCAGUCCAGGCCUCAGCCCAGUCGAGCUCAGUCGACCUCAGCUCAGUCCAGGCCUCAGCCCAGUCGAGCUCAGUCCAGGUUCCAGCCCAGUCAAGCCCAGUCCAGUCGAGCCCAGUUCAGGUUUCAGCCCAGUUCAGGUUCCAGUCCAGUCGAGCCCAGUCCAGUCGAGCCCAGUCCAGUCGAGCCCAGUCCAGUCGAGCCCAGUCCAGGUUCCAGCCCAGUCCAGUCGAGCCCAGUCCAGUCGAGCCCAGUCCAGUCGAGCCCAGUCCAGUCGAGCCCAGUUCAGGUCCCAGCCCAGUCCCGUCGAACCCAGUCCAGUCGAGUCCAGUCGAGCCCAGUCGAGUCCAGUCGAGCCCAGCCCAGUCGAGCCCAGUUCAGGUUCCAGCCCGGUCGAGCCCAGUUCAGGUUCCAGUACAGUCGAGUCACGUUCCUGUCCAGGUUCCAGUUCAGUCGAGUCACGUUCCUGUCCAGGUUCCAGUUCAGUCGAGUCACGUUCCUGUCCAGGUUCCAGUCCAGUCCAGUCACGUCCCUGUCCCAGUUCAGUCCAGUCACGCGCAGGUCGUGUCCCAACCAGAGGGCACCACCUGUCGUACAGGUGCUAUGCACACCCGAUCAGGCCCGACGUCUGCUCCGUCGAGCUCGGCAGCGGCAAGUAGCCAUGCCAGCUCCGGAGUAGAUGCCGUUCCAGUCCCUGUCGGCCAAGUAGAUGCCGUUCCAGUCCCUGUCGGCCAAGUAGAUGCCGUUCCAGUCCCUGUCGGCCAAGUAGAUGCCGUUCCUGUCCUUGUCGGCCAAGUAGACGCCGUUCCUGUCCUUGUCGGCCAAGUAGACGCCGUUCCUGUCCUUGUCGGCCAAGUAGACGCCGUUCCUGUCCCUGUCGGCCAAGUAGACGCCGUUCUUGUCCCUGUCGGCCAUGUUGGGGUCGUUCCAGUUCCUGUCCCAGUCCCUGUCGGCCAUGUUGCGGCCGUUCCAGUUCCUGUCCCAGUCCCUGUCGGCCAUGUUGCGGCCGUUCCAGUUCCUGUCACCCUCGGAGCCGCAGCUCCUGCGCACCUCCAGGAGGAGGUGGCGCCAGCUGCACUCUCUGCGCACCUUCAGGAGGAGGUGGCGCCAGCUGCACUCUCUGCGCACCUCCAGGAGGAGGUGGCGCCAGCGGCACUCUCUGCGCACCUUCAGGAGGAGGUGGCGCCAGCUGCACUCUCUGCGCACCUCCAGGAGGAGGUGGCGCCAGCGGCACUCUCUGCGCACCUCCAGGAGGAGGCCGCGCCUGCUGCAGUCCCUGCGCACCUCCAGGAGGAGGCCGCGCCUGCUGCAGUCCCUGCGCACCUCCAGGAGGAGGCCGCGCCUGCUGCAGUCCCUGCGCACCUCCAGGAGGAGGUCGCGCCUGCUGCAGUUCCCGCGCACCUCCAGGAGGGGGUCGCGCCAGUUGCAGUUCCCGCGCACCUCCAGGAGGAGGUCGCGCCUGCUGCAGUCCCUGCGCACCUCCAGGAGGAGGCCGCGCCUGCUGCAGUCCCUGCGCACCUCCAGGAGGAGGUCGCGCCUGCUGCAGUUCCCGCGCACCUCCAGGAGGGGGUCGCGCCAGUUGCAGUUCCCGCGCACCUCCAGGAGGAGGUCGCGCCAGCUGCAGUCCCCGCGCACCUCCAGGAGGAGGUCGCGCCAGCCGCAGUUCCCGCGCACCUCCAGGAGGAGGCCGCGCCAGCUGCAGUCCCGGCGGACCUCCAGGAGGGGGUCGCGCCCGUCGCAGUCCCGGCGGACCUCCAGGAGGGGGUCGCGCCCGUCGCAGUCCCGGCGGACCUCCAGGAGGGGGUCGCGCCCGUCGCAGUCCCGGCGGACCUCCAGGAGGGGGUCGCGCCCGUCGCAGUCCCGGCGGACCCCCAGGAGGGGGUCGCGCCCGUCGCAAUCCCGGCGGACCCCCAGGAGGGGGUCGCGCCCGUCGCAAUCCCGGCGGACCCCCAGGAGGGGGUCGCGCCCGUCGCAGUCCCGGCGGACCUCCAGGAGGGGGUCGCUCCCGUCGCAGCUCCCGCUGCACCUGCAUCGGUUCCUGGCGGCUCGGCUUCGGCCGCACCUGCAUCGGUUCCUGGCGGCUCGGCUCCGGCCGCACCUGCAUCGGUUCCUGGCGGCUCGGCUCCGGCCGCACCUGCAUCGGUUCCUGGCGGCUCGGCUCCGGCCGCACCUGCAUCGGUUCCUGGGGGCUCGGCUCCGGCCGCACCUGCAUCGGUUCCUGGCGGCUCGGCUCCGGCCGCACCUGCAUCGGUUCCUGGCGGCCCGGCUCCGGCCGCACCUGCAUCGGUUCCUGGCGGCCCGGCUCCGGCCGCACCUGCAUCGGUUCCUGGCGGCCCGGCUCCGGCCGCAUCUGUACCUGCGUCUCGUCGCAGAGGUCCAAGGAGGACGUCUCCACGUCUGUCUUCGUCUCUGGUUCCUGUCUCGUCUCGGUCUCGGCUGCCGGACUGGUGGCCUCGCCCUCGGCGCUUCCGGCCGUUUGGAUGGCGCUGCCUCCUGCGGCGACGUCCGCCUCGACCCCUCGGUCUCCAGGAUCAGCGUCCGCCUGGAGGACAUCGCCGUUCGGGGGGGUCCCCGUGGACGCUGGCCCAGCCCAAGGGCACUGGGGGUGCCCCCCUGCCUCAGUGGCGGUUGAGCAGGAUCUCGCCGCGUCUCCACCCUCCGUGAGGGACUCCCUGGACUCUGUGUUUUACCUGGUCGUGGACUUUGUUUUUGUCUUGUGAACUUUCAUGUUGGUUUUUCUUGAUUAUGGGACUCGUUCUGGUUUUGUUUUUCGGGUGGGUCCUCUGGUCUGUCGUGUACGGGCGUGCGUUUUUGCUUUGAUGGGGGUUCCCGUUUUUGCCCUCCCCCAGUCCGCCCUCCGCCCGCCCUGUCAGUGUUCCGUGCGGGUUGUUUUUGGUUCUUGCCCUCCGCCGGUCCUCCCUCCGCCCGCCCUGCUCGGUUUUUUUCUUUGGUCGUCUGGAAUCCGCCCUUGGGAGGGGGGUACUGUCACGAUCUGGGUUUUGUUUCUUGUGGUUGCCUUGUUUUAUUUUGGUUCCUGGUUCCAUUUUCGGUUUUAUUUUGGUAGCACUCCCGGUUUCUGUUUCUGUUCCCGCUUUACUUCCUGUUUACCCGUUGUCACAGCUGUUUCCCUGUCAGUACCGGUUUUCAUUACACACACCUGUUUAGUAUCAGUCAUCGAGUCACGUUGUAUUUAACCACCACCUGUGUCCUCAGUUCCCCGCCAGAUCGUCGUUUGUGUUUCCUCGCUCUAGUGUUUGUGUGUUUACCGUUGUUCGCUGUUCCUGUCAGGUCGUGUUUUGUGUACCCCGUUCUCUGCUCUGCACGUUACCGAACUCAUUUGUGUUUCCUCGUCUGGUCCUGACCGGUGCUGUAAGUCUGACCUUUGUUACCGAACCCUGCCUGUUUGUGGAUGUGUCUAAGCCUGCUGAAUCUAACCUGGAGACCUGAGCCUCGUGAUAUUACCCUAUGUAUGACCCGGAUUGUUUUUGUGACCUCGACUCUGGAAUAAAUCCUCUGUUUUUCACCAUC